CUCCCCGCAUUAAGGAUCCAUCCACCCUCUAUACAUUGACUGCUCUCUCUCUCCCUCUCCAAACAUACACACCUGUUCUUGCUGUACCCAAUUAACUACCUCCUCUGUUUCUCUGUUCCACCUUCCCUUUGCAAAGAUACAAUCACAAAAGCUCCGCAACCGCAAGGACACGGAUGAGCUCCUUGAGUUCUGCCGCUAUCUCAAGGGGAAGACGAAGAAGAGGCCACCAUUACGCAAAGCGAAGCCACAUGUCCCAAGAAAGGAGACGUUAGGCCGCACGACACCGCCAAUGGCGCCCGGUGAACAACGGCCCUCGAAUUCUCUUCUUCCACGCCGUCUCUAGAUCGAGUGUCCCAUGAGCCACCGCACAAUGCAUUCUUCUGCCGCCUUCGGCUAUGCAGCCCCGUCGCCCCUGCCGCUGCCGCUCCCCUACCUCCCGCCCCCGCCGCCGCCUCCAUUGCUGCCGCCGCCUCCCGCGCCAUUGCUGCGGCUGCUGCCGCCGCCGUCUCCGGCGGCCCUCGAAUCCGCGGGAUUCCAGAGCAGGAUCAGCCCCAGCAUCCUUCUCAUCAUCCUGAUUUUAGCCGUCAUCUUCUUCGUCUCCGGCCUCCUCCACCUGCUCGUCCGGUUCCUAUUCCGCCCGGCGCCGCGCGACCCGGGAGACGCCGAGAGCGGCGGCGGCGGGGACGCGACCGCGUUCCAGGGGCAGCUCCAGCAGCUAUUCCACCUCCACGACGCCGGUGUCGACCAGACCUUCAUCGACGCGCUCCCCGUGUUCCUCUACGGCGCCGUGGUGGGCGGGGGGACGAAGGAGCCGUUCGACUGCGCGGUGUGCCUGUGCGAGUUCGCGGACGACGACCGGCUCCGGCUGCUCCCCAAGUGCAGCCACGCGUUCCACGUCGAGUGCAUCGACACGUGGCUCCUCUCGCACUCCACGUGCCCGCUCUGCCGCCGCAGCCUCCUCGCCGACUUCUCGCCCUGCGGCGGCGGGUGCAGCCCGCUCGUCUUCGUGCUCGAGUCCGGCGGCGGCGGCUCGGAGCCGGGCUCCGUGCUGUCCGAUCGGCUCGACGGGGCGGCGUCCUCUGCGCACCUCAGCCUCGUCAUGGGUCAGCAGCGAGACGAAGGAGCGCAUUGUUGUGACCAGGAUCAUCAUCAGAAGCAGCAGCAGCACGCGGAUGUCGAGUCCGCCAAGGAGAAGAAGAAGGACGACGAGGUGGUCGUCCCCGUGAAGCUGGGCAAGUUCAGGAGCAGCCAGGCCACGGAAAGCUCCAGCGGCGGCAACCCCGACGGCCAGGACGUGAGGCGGUGCUACUCCAUGGGCACCUACGAGUACGUCAUGGACCAGAGCUCCCUGCUCCGCGUCUCCGUGAAACCCGCAACGGCCAAGUCGACGAAGCGGCCGGCGGCGCGGAUGCCGUUGCCGGGCCGCCGCGUCGCCAUGUCCGAGUGCGACUGCCACUCCAAGCGCGAAGGCUUCGACGUGCCGCAGCCGGGCAAGCUCUCGAUCUCGAAGCCGGCGGCCGCCAUGGGCGGCAUGGGCAAGAAGGAGAGCUUCUCCGUCUCCAAGAUAUGGAUGCACGGCGCGGCGCGGCGCAAGGAAGACGCCCCCUCAGGCUCGUCCUCGCGGCGCGCUUCGUCGUUCCGGCUGCCCUCGGCGCUGCUCCUCCAGCGCGCGGCGAGCGACGUCGGGGCCGGGGCCGGGGCGCCGAAGCGGCGAGCGGACGUGGUGAGCCCCGUCACGGAGUCCGAGUACAACGUGUCGGCGUGGGACAAGAGCAGCGCCGCGGACUGGGACGUCGAGUCCGCCGCCGCCCGGCUGACCUCGAGGGCCGACGAGACGCCCUCGUUCGCGAGGCGCACGAUAGCGUGGAUCAGAGGCCACCUGUAAAUUGAAAUCACCAUGAGCUCCUUCUUGGCUCGCUCUUGCUCUGUUCGAUUCGUGCGCCCCAUGCAACUGAUCCGCUUGUGCAAUACUUGGAUCAAAUUCAGUGUUGUUACACCCGGGAAAUGGGGAUUUGUGUUGUGAGAUUUGCAGCAUUGUCAAGUGGUGGGUGGAACCGAAGGAUGCGUGAAAGAACACAAGAGCGUUUUCAAUCUCGUGUGUUGCAAGCAGCGCUGCCUGACUGCUCAGAAAUCUUCAGACGUCUCGUGCUUUGCUGUGUAGGAGUACUACAUUGCUUGGACAAAAUGUUUCCUCUUCAGGGUAAUUCACGAAUUCUGAUCUGAGAUGUUCAGGGGUACCACGACCAGAGCUGCUUCGAUCUCAAAUUUGAAAAAUCCAGACAGCAAAAUCAUACGACUAAAUGGCGGCAAGUGAAAUACUCCACUCCGUAGCAUUUCAAUAAGCAGCUCAUUUCGCAUUCAUGUUCUUCAUUUUCCAUGGCUCUGCUCUGCAGCUCUGAGCUCUCUACCCUGGAGCACUAAUUCUGGAUCUGGACAGGCAAGCGCUGCAGGGUUUUUUGAAAAGCAAAUUUCUGAAGUUCGUGGAGUGGGGCAUCGCCACUUGUGCUAACUACUCUCAUUGACUCCUCA